GCAAAAGCUCAGCUCAGGCCGCUUUCAAUUCAAGAAAUCCCAUGUGCCUAUUAUGAAUGGUUGAGCGAUUCUGACAAUCAAAAUGUUGAAGAUGAAGUUAGACCUUACGAUGAACGAUCGGUUCAAUCAGCGGUUCCAGUCGGUAUACAGCGGACUGGUUCCUCAGAUUGCCCGGUUGGUGCCCUUCAACGACUCCGAGGUGACCUGCAUCCUGCUGAUCUACUACAAGUUCAGUCUCCAGAACGGACCCUCAGCACGCCGCAUAACCUCCUCCCAGUUCGUCAACAUAGUGAUAGGGUUCCAGCAGCUAUACGACAUGGAUGUGGUAGAUAGAAUCGUAACCCUCAUCGCGGGGGGCAGGAAGCAUGUGACGCCCAUGGAGUUCGUUAAUUACAUGACCAUUCUAAUGACUCGCGAUAUGGAGCGCAAAAUGAAGUUCGCCUACAUGGUCUAUGACAAAAAUGGUUUGGGCAUCAAUCGAGAGAUAAUAUCAUCUUCGGUCGAGAGGUUUUUCCCCGGGGACGAUGACGAGGUAAUCGAAAUGCGACUGGACAUGGUCGAUUUUCUACUCCUGAAAUUUGAUGAGGAUCAAGACGCCAUCAUCUCAUUUGAGGAGUACAGAUCGAUCGUGGUGCAACAGCCAAGCAUGCUGGAGUUCCUGGGUCCCAUCUUUCCCACGGACGAGACGCGUCUGGUGGUGGCCUACUGCACGGCCAUAUACUCUCACAUCCCCGAAAUGGGCAUGAUAUAGGAUGGGGUGUGGGAUGUUAGGGUAUGUGGCAGUGUGCCAGGACACCCAACAGUCGCAUAAAUCUUUCAGGCACAAAUAAAUCGAAAGCAAUGCAAAUCAGUGCGACCCGCCACCGCGUUUUCCUCUGUUCAGCCAUUGUAGCCACUCGAAAAUGUCAAUGACAAUGAUGAUGAACUGCAGAAUAGAGCGCUGACAGCUGCAACUAGACGCUGGAUAGAUGGAUGGAUGGAUGGAGCACAUAUAGGGGACCCCAGCUGCCUCAUAGCCACACGGAAAAAAAUGAUUUAUAUUAUAGA